AUGCGAAGAUUUCUUUCAAUUGUGGUUUUUGCGGCGAUAUCAUUUUAUCUGGUAGAUUCGGCAAGUUUAGCAACUGCAGAGAGCAAGGAUCACAACUGCACACUUGGAGAUGGACUUAAAGCAUUGUCAUGUAUUUUUAGAAUGCAAGAUUUCCUGGAGAAAAUUGAUGCACUUGACCUAGACAAUAAAGAAGAAACAAAUGAUUUUAAAGGCUCCUGUGACUCUCUUCACAACUGUUUUGAUGCUCUUGAUUGUCAAACUUCAUCAACUGAUCACGAAACCUCUGAUAUUUCUGGAAUGAUCAAAACCUAUUGUGAUACCAUCAUUUACAUCUCCACAAAGUUUGUUGAAUGUAGUGAUAAAUUAGAAGAAAAAAGCUCGCAAUGCUUUGAAAACUGGGAUCCAUUUCCAAAUGAUAUCGAAAAAGAAACUGAUCAAAAGAAAAAGGAAGAAAUGAGAAAAUCUGCAUGCCAAAACUUUUUUGGAAAAGAUAAUUGUUUGAAAGAAGAAAUCGUGAGCUCAUGCAGUGAAGGAGAAUGGAUAGGAUUUAGAGAUCAUUUCGUUUCAUUAAGCAACAUUACAAAGCAAUGCGAUUUUCAAAAUCUCUAA